AUGCGAUUCUCCAGCGUCUUGUCUGUCGUUCUACUCUUUCUGCUGAUUCAAGCUUCCAAGGCAGGAAUUCUCCGUUUCCGCCGAGCCGUCGAGGACAACUACGGCUACAAUUCCUGGGGCUACAAUAAUGCAGUCAGCGAUCGACUUUGGGGUGGUCCCACGAGCCUCGGUAAAUCUUAAAUAAUUGGAAGCCUUUUUUCAACACACAGUUUUGCAGGAUGGGCUCAAGUGCCCCACACGCUCAGCCCUAUGUUUUCGCCUAUUUUCGGCCGUAAAUAG